AUGUCGGGUGCUGCUGUCCUCCAGGAACCUCAGCCCUCCAGCCCGCCCGGCUCGGCCAGUUCGGGCUCGGAGCCAGCCUCCUCUAAAGCGCACCAUGUCUUCAAUGAACAAACAAAUUACGUACCUAGAAGCACCAUCAUCACCAUAUUUUUGGCCUGCUCUACCGUCGACCUCAUAGCUUUAAUGGACCAGACCACCCUAGCUGCCAGCUUGUCAAUUAUUGGAAACGCGCUGAACGCCAGCGAUAAAUCAGCUUGGAUAUCCGGAGGCUACUUUGUCACUUCAACAUGCUUCCAGCUCAUAUACGGCCGUCUCUCGGACAUCUGGUCCCGCAAAUUUGUGCUGUUCGUAGGCCUGGGGAUCUUCUUUUUCGGCUCUUUGGCAGCUUCCCUCGCACAGACGGCCACGCAGCUGAUCGUCUUCCGCGCCUUUACUGGUGUCGGUGGUGGCGGGUUAAUGACGGUGGCUCAAAUGAUAGUCAGCGAUGUCGUACCACUUAGAGAGCGAGGGAAAUACCAGGGAAUUCUAGGUGCAGUGGUAGCGCUGGCUAACGGAAUCGGCCCAGUGAUCGGUGGCGCCCUGUCCGCUAUAUCCAAUGACUCCUGGAGAUGGAUCUUCCGACUUAAUCUCCCACUCACUGCAAUCUGCACGCUCUGCGUUCUCUUCUUCAUGCCAUUGCGAAAAGUUACCGGGGACUGGAAGCUUAAGCUCAAAGCUAUCGAUUUCGUGGGGGCGGCCCUAGCUCUUGCGGGUACCGCCGUGCUUCUUCUGGGGCUUACGUGGGGUGGUGGUGAAUAUCCCUGGGACUCAGCCCAUGUCAUCGCCACCAUUGUUGUGGGGUUUGCUGUCUGUGUAGGUUUUGUGUUAUGGCAAUGGAAGGGUGCCCGGUACCCUUUGGUGCCGAUGCACAUAUUCAAGUCCCGUAUCGUCAACGGAGCUUGUCUCACCAUGUUCAUCAAUGGGUGGAACUUUCUUGUACAGGUCUACUACAUUCCGACCUUCUACCAGCUUGUGUUUAAUUACUCCACUGUGAAAUCUGGAGCAAUGCUCCUGCCCAUCACUCUGAUGCAGACCGUCAGUAGCACCGUCUCCGGACUCAUCGUACACUGGGUAGGUCGCUACAGGGAAUGCAUCCUCUUCGGAUGGAUGAUAUGGGCGGUCGGGCUAGGUCUCUUCUCGACCCUCGAUGAGUCUUCUGGUCUUGGAAAACAGAUCGGAUACGGGCUCCUAACCGGCGUGGGCGUUGGGAACACAUUGCAACCUGCCCUUAUUGCCAUCCAGGCCGGUGUCGAGCGACGAGACAUGGCGGUUGUAACCGCUUUCCGAAACUUCGUCCGAAACCUAGGUGGUACGCUAGGUCUCGCAAUCGCUCAAACAAUCAUAAACAACCUCAUAACGUCUUCAAUGGCUCCCCUGCACCUAAGCGCCGAAGACAAACGCUCUUUCCUCUCCAGCCCACAAAACUUCCUCUCUACUCUCUCAGACUCCGAAGCCCAACGCGCUCGGGACCUCCUCAUCCCCGCCUACAAGCGUGGCUUCAUGAUUAUUUUCGUCAUCGGGGCGUCUCUGUCAGCAGCGGCAUUUGUGCUCGCGUUCGGACUCAUGCCGCAGGUUGGACUGAAGAGGGAUGAUGAUGAGAAGUUGAAGGAGGAGGGGAAGAGAAGGGUUAUGGAGAAGAAGGUUAAAGAGAAAGGUAAAGGUGGGGAGGAGGUUGAGAGGCAGGAUCAGGGUCUGCAUCAGUCUUAA